AUGUCGAACGACAGUGUCAGGAACGAGUUCAUUGAAGAGCAAGUCAAGAUCAAGUACGACCGCAUGUUGCACCCGCCUCUGAGUUACUUGGGCAACGCUUUCAAGUACCGGACCGCCGAUGGCAAGUUCAACAGCGCGAUGAACCCACACCUGGGCCAAGCUGGAGCUCCUUAUGCCAAAACCGUGCCUGCAAAGACCCAUCCACUCGGAGCCUUGCCCGAUCUGGGGGAUCUUUUCGACCGGUUGAUGGCAAGAGAGGAAAACGGCCGUCCAAGUCAGUCAGGCUUGUCGAGCAUGCUCAUCUACCAUGCCACUAUCAUCAUCCACGACAUCUUCCGCACCAAUGAUAAUGACUAG